CCCCGAACAGAUUCCUCCACCCUUCUCGUCGUCUCGUGCGUCGUGUCCAAACCCCAAACCCUCGCGCGAAGUCACCCACCCCGGCGACGGCGAUGGAUCUCCGCCGUCCGCCGCGCUCCACGUCGGGCGGCGUCGAGCCGAAGAUCCGUCAGGUGGGUUUCGUCACCCCUGACGUUUCGGCCCCGACCGAGCCGGCCGCCGUCGGCGCGGCCCCGGCGCCGCAGUCGGGCACGGCCGUUGGAUCGCCGACGGCGUCAGACCUCGCCCCGGGUUCGCUCUCCCCCGUCAUGAUACCGCCUCCGCUCCAUGCCGACCACCUCUCCCCUGAUUCCCCCUCUCCCGCGGCGUCCGACGCCAUCCUCGCCUCCUCGGCUCCUCAGCCCUCCUCCAUGCGCUUCGAUGCCGCAUCCGAGCUCGGCGAGGACGACUCGAGGUCCCUAGCCCCUUCCGCUGGGGAGCUAGAAGCAAACAAGGGAGAUUUGGCUGGCGAUUCAGCCUCCAUUCCGCAAAAACAGAAAACUUCUAAAGCAGAGAGGCGUGCUAUUCAAGAGGCUCAGCGUGCUGCUAAAGCUGCUGCGAAGGAAGCAGGUUUAUCAGGAAAGUCUACAGGCGCUGCUUCUGGGGCUAAUCCUGCAAUCUCUAAGCAAGCCAAGUUAGCAAAAACUUCUCAGAAGAAAGAUGUGCCCCAUGCUGCAAGUACAGUUGGUUCUGAGAAGAAGAUUUCUGAACGUCUACCAGAGAGAGAUAGAAAGAAAGACGCUCCUCAUCCCCGCAUGCAGUUUGAUGAUGUGCAUCGUGUGGAGAAAGCGAAAAAGCGUGCAAUUGUCAAUCAAUCAGAAGCUCGAAACAGAGUUGAAUUGUUUAGGCAUCUGCCACAGUACGUGCAUGGCACUCAACUCCCUGACCUUGAGUCAAAAUUCUUUCAACUUGAACCAAUACACCCUUCUGUGUAUAAGGUUGGGCUCCAAUAUUUGUCUGGUGAGGUAUCUGGUGGCAAUGGUCGUUGCAUAGCAAUGCUUCUUGCAUUCAGAGAGGCAAUAAAAGAUUACUCAACGCCACCAAACAAAACUCUCAGCAGAGAUCUUACGGCAAAAAUCAGUAGUUAUGUGUCAUUUUUUAUUGAGUGCAGGCCACUCUCAAUUAGCAUGGGAAAUGCUAUUAGGUUCUUGAAAAACAGGAUUGCCAAGCUACCACUUACAUUGUCAGAGUCAGAAACCAAAGUUAGUCUCCAGACUGACAUUGAGCGUUUUAUUAAUGAAAAGAUAGUUGUUGCGGAUCAGGUUAUUGUCAGCCAUGCCAUCACAAAAGUCAGAGACGAUGAUGUAUUGCUAACAUACGGGUCAUCAUCAGUUGUUGAAAUGAUUUUGAAUUAUGCUCAUGAACUUGGUAGGAAGUUCCGCGUUAUAGUGGUGGAUUCUCGUCCCAAGCUUGAGGGACAAGGAUUACUGCGUAGAUUGGUGGCAAAGGGUAUCAACUGCACAUAUACUCAUAUUAAUGCAGUUUCAUACAUCAUGCAUGAAGUUACAAGAGUUUUCUUGGGUGCGUCCUCAAUAUUAUCAAAUGGAACAGUUUAUUCUCGAGUUGGGACAGCAUCUGUGGCUAUGGUUGCACACGCAUUUGGAAUUCCUGUUCUGGUUUGCUGCGAGGCAUACAAAUUUCAUGAGAGGGUGCAACUUGAUUCUAUAUGUGCUAAUGAGCUUGGUGAUCCAGAUGUCAUUUCCAAAGUUCCUGGGAGGGCAGACUUGGGCCAUCUUAAGAACUGGGCUGACAACGAAAACCUGCAACUGUUAAAUCUAAUGUAUGAUGCAACCCCUUCUGAUUACGUCUCGAUGAUCAUAACAGAUUAUGGAAUGCUUCCACCUACAAGUGUACCUGUCAUUGUAAGAGAGUACCGCAAGGAGCACUUGUGGGUAUAAAUAUCUACUACUGUAUGAUCACAGUUUUGGCAAACCGUUGCUGCCAGUGCAGUAUGCGUGGACAUGACAUGUACUUAUGUUUUGAGCUGUUGGCUGUCAAAUCCUCCUACCAUUUUGUUUACUCAAGAAAUGGUUCAUCUUUUUGGUAUCACUCUGAUUCCAUCAGAACUGCAACUUAAAGGGAUAUUGUUGGUCCUCUUCAAAUGUUGAGUUUUUGGUUGCUGUCAGGGGAUUUAUGUUUUUUUUAAGCCCUGCUCAGAGCAGCCAAUUUUUUGAUCGAAGGGCUAGUGGAAAUGCUUGUUAAUGCAUGGCGCCCUGGUUGCAGAUCGUCUUUUAUGCAACCGUAGGGCUCUGCCAAUUCUAACUUGAUUUCUUGUACACGCCACAAUUACAUCACUUGAUAGAAUUUUAAGUUUUCUUGCAA